AUGGACACUUUGAAUCACCUAGAUGUCGAGCGUCGCGGAGUAAUUUUUAUUAUCACGCUACAAAGGCCGCCAGAGAAUCGGCUUACUAUGAAGCUGUGCCAAGACCUCAUCUCCACAUAUCGACGCAUUGAGCAAGAGCUAUCAGCUGAGACACUUGAGCCAGAGGGUGCUGUAAUCUUAAGAGGAAGCAAUGCGAAAUUCUUUACAACUGGCUUAGACCUGGAUGAAAGAGGUGUUAACCCUUUCUCCAGUACCGAUGGCUUUUAUCCAUUACUUCGCACCCUUCUCGAUUUCCCGUUCCCUACCAUAUGUCUCAUUACCGGUCAUACCUUUGGCGGCGCAUGUCUCCUCACUCUUGCCCAUGAUUAUCGCAUCAUGAACUCCCAACGCGGGUUUUGGUCAAUGCCACCCGUGAACCUAGGUCUCCAUUUUGACGGCAUGGGGUCUUUACUUCGUGCUAAGCUACGUCCACAGGUGUCAAGGACAGUGUUGUUAGAGGCGCACAAGUUCACUGGCAAGGAAGCUUUCGAAGCGGGCAUUGUGGAUGAAAUUGCCCCGCCUGAAGAGAUGUUAGACAGGGCAAUUGCUUUGGCGGAAAAAGUGAAAGUGAAAGCGAAGAUGGGCGUCUUUGCGUUGUUGAGGCUAGAGUUGUACGGGGAGGCUCUGCGAGAGUUUCAAAAGAUUAGCCAUAUCCACAGCCGUGAAGUAUCAAGACAGCCAAAGGCUAAAAUUUAA